GAUCCACUGCUGUGGGAGGGCGCGCCUCUGUCGAUCAGAUCCACGGAUACAGGGAGGUGAGGAACCAGGACGAACCAGAAGAACCAGGAGGAACCAGAAGAACCAGGAGGAACCAGAAGAAACAAUGGGCGUCAAGCUGUACUACACCACUGUUACUGCCUCACGGAAGGUUAAGUCUGAGCAGGCGGAUGUGAUCCGGAUCCUGGAUAGUAAAAGCAUCAAGUACGAGCUCAUCGACAUCUCUGUGGGCGGUGAGCUGCGUGAGGAGAUGAGAAGCAAAGCAGGGGACCCAGCCGUGGGCCCUCCCCAGCUUUUUAAUGAGGACCAAUACUGCGGGAACUAUGAAAUGUUGUUGGAGGCGGUGGAAGCAGACACAGUGGAACAGUUUCUUAACCCCAGCCACCCCCCCCCCCAACCCACUCACUCUGCGCCCUGAUGGCGACCCCUUAUCCACCAGUGUCCACCCACUUUCUAUGCCAUAACGAAGAAUGCCAAAUAUCUUGUAUUCAGCAAAUCAGAAGACACACAUUCCCCUUACUGCACCAUUAGACUCUAAAACAGUCUUAAUCUCUUUUAUUUCUACCUGUUGUUUUUUUAUAUCUGUUCUUCGUUUUGAUUCCCUUCCUGUCCGACAGACCAGUGUUACAAAGGGCUCCUAGUCCACUAGGAGGCAAUGGGGUGUGUAGAUGUGCAGUAAUUAGGUCGACUAAUCAUGGUGUCGGCCACAUGACCGCUGGAGAUUAAACUAAUCCACUGGAUGACAACAUUCAACACAGAAUCCUCCUGAUCCUCUGCAGACCAAACACACAUCAUCACUCAGUCUUAAAUACUUUUAUUUAGUUUCUGUAGCCUUCAAGUUCCCAUGUUGUACAUGACUGCACACCAUGUGCACUUCACAUGGAAGCAAAGGCAAUCAGAAGUAGCAUGGACCGUGGUGUCCUUAAACCCAAUUAGUAAUGAAUUCUAGCAGCUAAAUUAUGCUUUUUUUUCUAGCGUUGAUGCUGAUUUUUGUAUUAUUUUGGUCCAUUGGUUACCUGAUGCAGAAUGUGGUGAGAGGUGGUAAUCCACUUUGGCCCAGUGAGGUCUUGUGCAGACAUUAAACAUAUGAGUUACUUUACUGUAACUAGCACAUUAAAAGCCCCCUGUGGAGUUUCUUGCUUCAACAUAUCUAUGUUUAAAUUGACUGAGCACUUGCAUGCAUUCUUUCCUUUAAUGCUUGCUUGGGCGUCCCUGAUCCGUGGUGCUGGCGAGAUUGUCAUAACAACAAAAGACGAUCACAGUAUCUCGGAUUCAUCGGGUGCCUCCCUCUCCCCAGCUUUGAUAUAUGAAUGGUUAUUGGCUUUCAGUAAUAACUGCUGACUCAGGCUGUAGUCAUCAUUUAGUACAAAGGUCAUUAAUGUAAAAAAAAAAAAAAAAAGUUUCAUAGGUUUAUUCCAGUGUUACACAGUCAAACAAAACCUAGGUAGGCUAACAAAAAAAAAGUGAGAUUUGGGGACUGAACACUUCUUAGAUAUGUUAUUAUGGUGUCCAGUGAACCGAAAAACCAAAAUCUAUAUUAGUUGUUUAAGUAAUAAACUGCCCUAUAUUCACACCCAUUUGAGGAGGAUGACAAUAUAAUAUAUCUGUGAUGUGCUUCCGCAGAUGAUUACUCGCUGUGGGAUUAGCACUUAGCUGACAUCUUCUAUGUUUUCCAUAAUUUUACUGUAGAACUUAAAAGCUCCAUAUCACCAGUCGGUGCUCCAUGUUGGCGACUGACAGAGCGAAAAGACGCCACAGGUUUAGAGAUGAGCAUUUCACAGGGAGGUUUGACUGAAAUAUGAAUUAUCUUGCUUUCAUCUACGUAGCUUUGUUCCUUCCUCUUUUUAUUUACUUUGGUUACAGUUCCACUUAAUGUUCUGGGCGUUAUGUGACUAUACACCCGAUCCCUUCCUCAUUCUGAACCGAAAUAAAGUCAAAGCUGUGUUAAGAUUCACCUGACUCAGUCUUACCAGCCUUAGGGAACACUCAUCACAUGGGAAAAAUGAAGGCUUCACCUGUCUGUGCUUUUUAUGCGUUUGUGUUUAUUCAUUUGAUUGAUCUCAUUAGAAAUAUAGUUUUUAUGUAAUUGUCGUGUCUUUUCUUUGUUAAUCGAGAACAUGUUUUCCUUCUCUUACUCCUAAGACCUGUCAAACCCCUCCAUGUUGUCAUGAUGGUGUUGUCAAGGUUUGGAAUCCCCAGUAAUGGCAGCCUACACACAAACGUUGUGCACUGUUUUGUAAGUCGAUGGUUGUGGACGUUUGCCUGUUAUUGGUGUGUAUUCACUAUGAAUCAUGUUUGAAACAUUCCAUGUCUCUCUCUGAGCUCCUGCUUCACUGUUGGACCAAUAUCUUUUGGCCAAAAAAAGAACAAAUUAGGGAAUAAAAUGCUGUUGUCUUCCAAGAAGAUUGUGAAAGGGAUUUAUGGGUUAAAGAAAAAUAAAUUGGAGUUGAAUCUA